UGCGCGAGACACGCUUUCGGUACAUAGGUGUUCACACCAUCUCACGACAGCGACCCAAAGAAACACGUUAAGAGCCGAACCCUUGUGCUCUCCAAACGCGUACCAGUUCAUCGUCAGCAUCCACCAGCCAUAAAUAAUCAGGUAGCACAGCAGCACGGAUCCGCAGCGGCACCGGCGAUGGCGGAGUUCUCGUGGCUCACGGCGCUAGGGUUCGCCUUCCUGACCUUCAACUCCGGCAUGGCCGUGUACCGCUCCAACGGCGACGCGGGGUCCGUCGUCUUCGUCGCCGUCUCCUACCUCGACCUCGUCGCCCUCUUCGCCUGCCUGCGCCUCUACGAGCGCCUCGACCGCCACUCCCCGCGCCGGGAGCGGCUCAAGGCCGCCGUCUGGGCGCUCACCACGCUGCUCACCGUCAUGUUCACCUACAAGGUCGCCGAGGUCAUGCCGCUCGCCGUCAAGCUCCUCGUCUGGGCGAUGGCCGCCGCCACCACCUGCGGCGGCUUCUACGUCUUCUUCGUGCACGACGACAAGCCGUACCAGCAGCUGCAGGACGCGUCGGCGGCCGCCGAGCGCGGGGACGUCGCCAACUAGUGGCUAUAUUAGACGGCGGCUGGGCGCUGGCCGCCGCGAGGUACGUGCUUCGGUGCUAACAGCGGCGUCGGGCGUUAGAUCUAGGGCCAAACCACUAGGUUGUUAUUGUGUCUUGGCUGUUUCGUUUCCCUUUUUUUGCCGAUUUGCUGUCACUUGGUCUGCUUUGGCUUGCCGGCGUGCUCGGAUUAGCAGAUCUGGAAUUUGGCCACCGGCAGAGGAGAUCUGUUCAGUUUGAUGACGUGCUUGUUGAUCAAAUUAAUAAUUGUGUGCUCUGUUGAGAAGUGAGUUUGUGUUAAUUAUGAUUCCCGAUUGGGCCAUCAAAUUGGGCGUGUGCCCGCCACGCGGCCCACGAGGAGGAAGAAACUGCGACAGCUUGAGGUAAGUUGAGUGGAUUGCAAUUGUGUAAGGGCUCUAUUUGCAUCAGGAGGAGGGUAGGGGAACGGAUGCUGAGGGAGUAGACAAGAAACCAGAGAAAUCCUUAGUGUGCAAAAGUGGAUGAUCUCUUGGUACAGAGGUGGUGUAGAAACUGCAGAUAGUUUCCUUGAAUUUGUGUGAAAAUAGUGAAUUGUCGUGACUAGCCAAAGUUGAGAUGAUAUGAAGGCAGACGAACUGCAGGACAACAUAUGAGCGAAACAAGCAGAGGCAUAAGUGAAGAUUGCAGAUACAAUGGAAGUUCAUCUGCACAAUAAGGCACCAAGCUAGAAUGUUGUACUUGUUAAGUUGUCUCAUCUGAUGCACCCAUCAGUGGUUUGCAGUAUGCCGACGGGAACUAUAGAUUGAAUGUAUGGCAACUUGAAAUUCGAUCAACAAAUGGAAAAAUAUUCAACUGUAUUUGAGGUAUGAGACCAAGAGUCGAAAUCAUUUAACCAUUGGUGGCCUCAUCAGCUUGCAAUUGUUUCCGCACUCUCAAAGAUUUCAGCUGAUUUAUGUCCCUGCUUGUAAAGAGCGGCUGGGUUACUGUUAACCACCUGGAUGAAGAUCUUUUCAUGGAUCAUUCAAGAAACUUGGAGAAGUGCAGAGAUCCUUCAUACCUUCCUCUUAUCAAGAAAAUAUAACUAAGACAAUAAAUGGAUAAUUGUUCAACUGGAUUUGAGAUACGAGAUCAAGGGUCAAAAUCAUUCAACCAUUGGUGGCCUCAUCAGUGUGCAAUUGUUUUUGUACUCUCUUAAAGAUUUCAGAUGAUUUAUGUCCCUGCUUGUGAAGAGCAGCUGGUUUACUCUGAACUUGAUGCAAAAGUAUGGAUGCUGGGAAUCAUGAAGGAGAUCAUUUCAUGGAUUCAAGAAAAUUCGCAAAGUGCAGAGAUCCUUCGUAUACCUUCAACAGAAUAUGACUAGACAAGGUUGCGUGCAGAGACUGGAGAGCCAGAAUAAUAAUGAGUAGGGAAGUUGUUCAAGUCAGAAGAACAAUGUGGAGAGAACUAGUUCAUGUUUGCUGUUUCGGUUUACCAGCAUACAGAUGAACUGUUCGUAAUGAAAAUAUAACCACAGACUAAGACAGCUCAUUGAUAACUAUGUGUAGUGGGAGCUAGGAAAGGGCCAUUGGAAUACAUUAUCAGCAGUAAUGGAUGACACAUACGAGGGGAUAAAUACAAGAAAAUUACAAAGCAGCGGAUGUUCAAAGAGAACCAAAUAUACUACAGCUAUGACAAUGCUGAUGCCAAUGCCAAUUCCGAUGCUAAUUCUUUGUCACAUUAUCCGGCAAGCCGACAGCAAGGUGAGUUACAAGGGAAGAGAAAAGGCCAAGAUAUAAUAACGCCUAGUUGCCCAAAAUCUAAUUUGCCGUCGCUGUUGCCUGACGUAUGUGCUGUGCUGUAGCGAGUGCCCAGCCUGCCCUAUUACGCGUUUAAGUUGAAUAAAUUCCACCAUCUACCAGCUAUAAGUUAUAUCAUUUCUAUAAACUGUAUUAUGUCUAUCUAUGAUUAUAUCGUAUGUCGUUCAUGUCGGUCGAGCUCUGACUAGUUCUCGAAGCGUUCAUGAUGGUCAGGUUAUGUAUUGUACACUACUGGCGCCAACUCUACCAUCAUUUGCUCCUCGUUGUAAUACUCAUGGUCUGUAUUCAGUACGUUCUUCUGUAUAAUGCUUGCUUCUUUGCUGUCUAAUGCAUUAUCCUGGAGAUGCUCGCUA